AUGACCAUCUUUUACAAUAGCAGCCUGGAUAAAGCCACUUUCUUCCUGAGCGGCUUUCCGGGUCUAGAAGCUCUUCACGGCUGGAUCUCUAUUCCCUUCUGCUCCAUCUACUUGACAGUCAUUGUAGGAAAUGUCACCAUCCUCCAUGUCAUCAGAACCGAUGCCACCCUCCAUGAACCCAUGUACUAUUUCUUGGCCAUGUUGGCACUCACAGACUUGGGUCUUUGCCUUUCAACACUGCCCACAGUAUUGGGUAUCUUCUGGUUUGAUGCCAGAGAGAUAGGCAUCUCUGCCUGCUUCACGCAGCUUUUCUUCAUCCACACUCUGUCUCUUGUGGAGUCUUCCGUCCUCUUGUCCAUGUCCAUUGACCGCUACGUGGCCAUCUGCAACCCACUGCGGUACUCCACAGUCUUAACGCCUGCACGUAUUAUCAAGAUGGGCCUGGGAUCUGUUCUUAGAAGCGCCCUGCUCAUCUUCCCACUGCCCUUUCUUCUUAAGCGCUUUCAGUACUGCCGUACGCAUGUGCUGGCCCACGCCUAUUGUCUGCACCUGGAAAUCAUGAAACUGGCCUGCUCUAGCAUCAUUGUCAAUCACAUCUACGGACUCUUUGUUGUGGCCUGCACCGUCGGUGUGGACUCGCUGCUCAUCUUCCUCUCCUAUGCUCUCAUCCUCCGCACUGUGUUAAGCAUUGCGUCCCGCCAGGAGAGACUUCGGGCCCUCAACACCUGUGUUUCCCACAUCUGUGCUGUGCUCCUCUUCUACAUCCCCAUGAUUGGCCUGUCUCUCGUGCACCGCUUUGGCGAACACCUGCCUCGCAUUGUACACCUCCUCAUGUCUUAUGUUUAUCUUCUGGUGCCACCGCUCAUGAACCCUAUUGUCUACAGUAUCAAGACCAAGCAAAUUCGCCAACGCAUCAUUAAGAAGUUUGAGUUUAUGAGAUCAUUUCGGUAA